UCGAAUACGUUCGUUAGGACGUGGCCGAGUCGAUACCGAUGCGAUUCCACGCGUCAACAUAACUUCAAAAUACAACUUCAUUAAAUGUAACUUCGUGCAGCGCACGUCUGCCCGUACGCUUAUUCUGCUGCCGCGUCCAGUUGUAAAUACUGUUUUUGCCACUGUGGUGUUGUAUGAAGCGAAAUACAUCGUCGCCUCCCGCGAGAAUAGAAGCUAAAUCGUAACAAUGCAAAAGUUUUUCGUGCUGCUGCUGCUGGCCCUGCCGGCCGUUCUGCUGACGGUGAACACCGGUUCGAGUCCGUUCGCCUUUGCCGCGGAAGACGAGCUGGACGAGGAGCUGGUCGAUGUGGAGACGGAAGAUGCCGCCGUCGUGGCAGACGAAACCGAGCCGGAGGAUGAUCUCGAAACGACCAAGUCGCCGGAUGCGGACACGUAUCUGCUCUUCACCCGGCCCCUGCACGCGUCCGGCUCGCAGCUCGAACUGCCCGCUGGCUAUCCGGUAGAGUUCCUGGUCGGCUUCACGAACAAGGGCCAGUUUGAGGAUUUCGUCGUCGAGUCGGUGGAAGCCUCGUUCCGGUACGCGAUGGACUUCAGCUACUUCAUCCAGAACUUCUCCGCCGUGCCGUACAACCGCGAGGUGAAGCCGGGCCACGAGGCGACCGUCGCGUACUCGUUCCUGCCGACCGAAUCCUUCGCCGGGCGCCCGUUCGGGCUGAACAUUGCGCUCAACUACCGUGACGGCCGCGGCAACCAGUUCAGCGAGGCCGUGUUCAACGAAACCGUCCAAAUCACCGAGGUGGACGAGGGGCUGGACGGUGAGACGUUCUUCCUGUACGUGUUCCUGGCCGCGAUCGUGAUUCUGCUGCUGGUGCUCGGCCAACAGUUCCUCGGCUCGUACGGCAAGCGGAAACGCCCGACGGCGGCCCGCAAGGUCGUGGAAACCGGCACCGCCAGCACGAAGGACGUCGACUACGAAUGGAUCCCGUCGGAAACGUUGAAGCAGCUACAAAACUCCCCCAAGGGUGCUCCCAAGUCGUCCCCGAAGCAGAGCCCCCGGCAGCGAAAGGCGAAGGCGCACUAAACUCCCCGUGAGACAGUGAAAGACUCGCUCGCGCCCACUCACCCCUACGUGUGCUGGUGUGCACUUUAUCACCACAACUCAUCCCUUUUCCUCCCUGCUUUCCUCCCACCCCCAUCCCACUCCGCUCUGUCACAGUGUCGUACAAACAUCGUAUCAUUUUCCCAUGUAGAGAACCGCAGCCGUGUUGCUACAUUUUCAUCGUCUCUCCCCUUGAUGAUACAUCCUUCAGCGCAUCAGGCAACUUAGAAUGUAAUUGUCCCCUUUCCCGCUGUGUACACUCGUGAGACUGCAACCGAAUGAGAAUGGUUAGAGAAUAGAGAGAGACGGAGGAAGAGGGAGAAAAGCCCAAAAAGUGCAGCAAUACUCCUUCCCUCCGCAUCCCGUCAAAAAGAAGGUGUCACGGUGCAUCAGGCAGCAAUCAGACGUGUUUAGGCGCUUCCAGCAGCAACAACAGUAAGACGUUCAUUAGACGGGCUUAAUCCUCUUCUCCGUUACGAUCACAGCUAAGCAAGCAGGCACAAAACAAGUUGAGUUAAGAUUCGCGGAGAUUUGGUUUUCCCAUCCAGAGAAGGGCUCGUUCGGUUGAAAUUAUAAUUACGUUUCUUCAUGAUUAUUACGUUCGUCGGUCGGUAGUCGUUACUACGGCGCGCACCUCAUCAUCACCUCAGCGCCGCUGCAAUGAGGCAACUGGGUAUAUCUUUACUCAAUGGAGUCGAUAGGAAAGGAUUUUUUUUCUGUCAUUUUUUUGUCCGUAGUUAAACUGUUUUUACUACUAAUUUAAUGAGAAGAAAGCAUGUGAACACAGAGAAAUAAAAGAGAAGAUAACAAACAAAAUAA